CCAAAACCUCUGACCCUCCUACUAUUUUUCUCCCCCCUUCUUUCAUCUGCAUCCCUCUCUUCCUCCAUCUCACAAUCCUCCAUCCCCCUCCCCUCAACGCAUCAGUUCUCUUUUCGGUUCGCUCCGGAAAAAGAGUUCACUUCGCGUCUUCUCUCUCUCACUACCCACGGUCUUUCUUUGCCCGGUAUUUGGCAUCGCUCAAGCAAGCGAAGCACCAUUCACGACAAUAAACACUUCGCGCGCUCUUCGCAACUAGCAAACAUGUCCUACGGCGGCGGCUACGGAGGAGGUGGCUACGGCGGUGGUCGUGAUCGUCAGGAUAGAGGCGGUCGCGAUGGCGGCUACGGCGGUGGUGGCUAUUCCAACGGUGACAGCAACGGAUACGGUGGUGGCGGCUACGGCGGCGGUGGUGGUUUCGGCGGUGGCGGUGACCGCAUGAACAACCUUGGCGCUGGUCUUCGCACACAAGAAUGGGAUCUUUCCACGAUGCCGAAGUUCGAGAAGUCUUUCUACAAGGAGCACGAGGAGGUCGCCAACCGCAGCUCAGAGGAUGUCGAGUCCUUCCGUCGCAAGCACCAGAUUGCCAUUGCCGGCAACGAUGUCCCCAAGCCCGUCGAGACCUUCGACGAGGCUGGUUUCCCCAGAUAUGUCAUGGACGAGGUCAAGGCUCAGGGCUUCCCCGCUCCUACUGCCAUUCAGUCCCAGGGUUGGCCCAUGGCUCUCUCCGGUCGCGACGUCGUCGGUAUUGCCGAGACUGGUUCCGGAAAGACGCUUACCUACUGCCUUCCCGCCAUCGUCCACAUCAACGCCCAGCCUCUGCUGGCCCCCGGCGAUGGCCCCAUUGUCCUGAUCCUCGCCCCUACCCGUGAGCUCGCGGUCCAGAUUCAGCAGGAGAUUUCCAAGUUCGGCAAGUCUUCCCGCAUCCGCAACACCUGCGUUUACGGUGGUGUCCCCAAGGGCCCCCAGAUCCGUGAUCUCUCCCGCGGUGUCGAGGUCUGCAUUGCCACCCCCGGACGUCUCAUCGACAUGCUCGAGGCCGGCAAGACCAACCUGCGCCGCGUCACCUACCUUGUUCUUGACGAGGCUGAUCGCAUGUUGGACAUGGGUUUCGAGCCCCAAAUUCGCAAGAUUAUCGGCCAGAUUCGCCCUGACCGUCAGACUCUCAUGUGGUCCGCCACUUGGCCCAAGGAGGUUCGCGCUCUUGCGUCCGACUUCCUUUCCGACUUCAUCCAGGUCAACAUCGGUUCCAUGGACCUGGCUGCCAACCACCGCAUUACCCAGAUUGUCGAGGUCGUCAACGAGAGCGAGAAGCGUGAUCGCAUGAUCAAGCACCUCGAGAAGAUGAUGGACAACAAGGAGAACAAGGUUCUCAUCUUCGUCGGCACCAAGCGUGUCGCUGACGAGAUCACCCGUUUCCUUCGCCAGGACGGAUGGCCCGCGCUUUCUAUCCACGGUGACAAGCAGCAAAACGAGCGUGACUGGGUCCUCGACCAGUUCAAGACGGCCAAGUCUCCCAUCAUGGUCGCGACCGACGUCGCUUCGCGUGGUAUUGAUGUUCGCAACAUUACUCACGUGCUGAACUACGAUUACCCCAACAACUCGGAGGACUACAUCCACCGUAUUGGUCGUACCGGUCGUGCUGGUGCCAAGGGUACCGCCGUUACCUUCUUCACCACUGACAACUCCAAGCAGGCUCGUGACCUCGUCAACGUCCUCAGAGAGGCCAAGCAGGAGAUUGAUCCCCGUCUCGCUGAGAUGACCCGCUACGGUGGCGGCGGCGGCGGCGGUCGCUACGGCGGCUGGGGCCGUGGCCGUGGUGGUGGCCGUGGCGGCGGUGGCGGUAACAACGCUAACAACGCUCCUCUAGGAGGCGCUCGUCGUUGGUAAGAGCCUUGCCAACCGGACCAUCCUAAAGGCGAGGUGACUCAUCAUGCGGCGGCAACUUUCGCAAUUCUCAUGCAAAAUCGGCGUUCACGUAGACGGGGGUUUUAGACUCGAGGUACCCGGGACACGUAAUUGUGUCUCCUUCAGUCUGGUAUUCCUCCACGGCUGUUUUCAUUUUCCUUGAGUGUUUUCUUUUAUUUGCCCAUAACGGUUUGGGGCUUGUGUGCGAUAUCUCUUCAGGCAUGGUCAAACGUGGAUCAGGUUGAACAAAAAGUUAAGACGGAAUCGGAGACGACACAAUGAUUGGUGUCGUUGACUGCAAUAGAGAUCCUUGUGGGGUCCCAGUCACUUUUGAUGCUCUUCCAUGAGCAAGAAUGGAUGGCUCAGGUCGAAAGCUCGACAGGUCGUAAAAGGCAUUAGAUGACUGUAUAUCAGACAUGGCCCUGUCGAGGGCGGCUUACUGCUCAAGUAGUAAUAGGAAGAUCAUCUCAUGACAA